AUGUCAUCCCGUACUAUCGAGAACUACUCAUUUAACGAGACAGAAGAAGCCAUCAGCAACCAGACGGCGAUAAGAGAAUGGCUGACACUGAUUCUGCAGAAAGAAGUGUCCAAGCGCCAGUUCGAUGCUGUCACUGAGAUAGUUCUCGUACUCUGCUACUCUAGCCUCAUCACGUUUGGAACCCUCGGUAAUGGACUUGUUAUUUACGUGGUAAUCAAAAACCCAAGUAUGCGAACGCCAAGGAAUAUCUUCAUAAUCAACUUGGCUAUCUCAGACCUAUCCUUGUGCGUGUUCACCCAGCCGCUGAAUCUCUAUUUGUUGUUGUUUAAACACUGGAGUCUUGGAGAAUUUCUGUGCAAGUUUAUCACUAUGGCUCAAGGCACCAAUUUGUUCGUCUCAACGAUCAGUAUAACCGCCAUAGCGCUCGAUCGCUUUCAGGUCAUUGUUUACCCAAAUAAAGACAGCAUGAAGAAAAUUGGAGCUGCCAUUGCCCUGUCCUCUAUCUGGUUAAUCUCCUUCCUUAUGGCCAGCCCUGCCUUGCUCUUCUCAGUUCUGCAUCGUCGUGUCUGGCUUGAGGAAGAGCCCACAUUUUUCGUGUAUGUGUGUAUGGAGGAUAUCACCCUGGUAAUUGAAAAACAAGCUUACAGUGUCGCUCAGAUGGUUGUACAGUAUCUACUGCCAUUCUUCAUUCUUAGCGUGGCCCAUUUAAGGAUCUGUAAUAAGCUUCGGUAUCGCAUGGUGCCUGCAAAGUCUGCCUCUGUUACCAGCACAUCAUUACAAAGGAAACAUGAACGCAGAAACACUCGUAAAAGAAAGACCAACCUGCUUCUUGGAGGCAUUGCUAUUGUAUUUGCACUCAGCUGGAUGCCUCUCAAUGUUAUGAAUUUGUUGAUUGAUUUUAAGGGCGAUUAUUUUAGAGGCCGAAUGGAUGUUAAGUUAGCCUAUGCUAUAUGUCAUUUACUGAUGCUCUGUUCAGCUUGUUUGAAUCCUGUUUUAUAUGGUUGGUUAAAUGAUAACUUUCGCACCGAGUUUAUCAAGAUGCUUUGCUGUCCUUGCUGUCAAAGUGCAAGGAAUAGAAUCAGACAAGUGAGCUGGUCAAGACGUUCACAGAAUGGCGUUCCGGUAAUAACUCUGACGAAAGCCAGCCAAGCGCAGUCACUUUCAUUGUUUGAUGGAGAUGAAUAUGGAAGAGCGGAUAUUCAAAGUCGCCGCCAUUAUGAUACACUGGCUUGUUAG